AGCGGUAGCAGCAUGGAGCCCACAGCGAGCAGAGAGCCGGGUCCCGUCAGAGAGCCCCUAGCCUGCCUUACAGAGGCCUACACGUGUUUGCGGAGGGGAUCAUGUCCCAGCCAAAGGGCUCACGAUGUGGCCUCUGCGAUAUUUGUCGGGGUGUGUGGAGGGGUCUCCAGCGGGGACAGAGAGAGUUGUCCUCCAGAGAACCACAGUGACCCCACCGUGGAGCUGAGCUGCAUCAGUAUGUCUCUGCUGGAGAAGAUCAGCUCCGCGCUGAUGUCUGGGAGCCUGCCACCAGCAGCCACCUUAUAUUACGCCGAGGUCUUGACGGGGUUACAAGACAUGGAUCUCAUGUUACAGCUUAUCCUUCAUUUCCAGUCCAAUGACCAGAUCAUCUCACACCUAGCUGCAAAGAGCGUGUCAACAUGUGUCUUCUAUCAGCUCCACACAUCUAGCACAGUCUGUCCUGUCUGGCGGCAGAAGUGUGUUCAGGCUUUUUACAGCUCGACCCCCAGCCCUGCUCUGGACACCUGUCUGUGGUCAAUAACUGAUGUCUUCAAAAGACUUCUUCAAGGAGGUCAUCAAGAGAACAUUGGGAAACUUCUGUCAGCUUUUGAUUCCAGCCUGAUGGCUAUUUGUUCAAAGUUUCUUCCUGAAGAGAGAAGUGAGGUACUGCUGUGUUUGGAUGAUGUCAGCCGCAGCAGACGCUGGGGAUCAACACUGUGCCUCCUGCUGGAGCUGCUGGAGCUGCUCACCGCAUCGAGUGUGAUCUAUGCAGCUGAUGUCUGUCUGCAGAGUCAGAGAAUAACUUAUACUCACUCCUCAGCCCUCCUGACAAUAAUCGGCGGCUCUUCGCAUUAUUUUGUCAAAAAGCGCGCACUGCUGCUACUGAAGAGAGCUGUGCUUCAGAAGUCCGGAGAGGACUGGGCUCUAGGGGAAGGGCUGUACAUUGGGCCGAAAAACAAGCACCUCCGCGCUGAUAUGAGCACGCUGGCCAAGAGUAUGUUAACAGCAGUGGCUACUAAUUGGUUGCAAAGGGUUCAAGUGGAGUCUAGCUCUUUCUUUGGGGGGACCAGACAUGUCAGAGGAAAGGAAGGUCACAAAGCAGACUGUGUGAUGCUGAGAGCGCUUGGCCUGCUGCUUCUCAAGUCCUUGGAGCUUUAUAUCCAAACACCUAGCGGAGCAGCAGGAGUGAACAGUGCCUUCGAGGUGUGUGGGUAUCUGCAGAGUGUGUGGGGCUUCCUGAGGCAGGGCAGUUUGCUGAGGACAGAGGUCACACACUGCUGCUGCUGGCUCAGCCUGCUGUUUGGAGAACAGGACGACGACAUGAUGGAGGCAGCUAAAGCUUUGUUUUCCAUUUUCCUCCAUCACAGACUGUGUUCUGGACUGGAUGACUGUUCUAUGUUGAAGGCAGCCUGUGUCUUUGGAUGCAACCCUCACUGCCACUUCCUGCUGCUGCUUCAGAGCAUCUCCUUCGAUCACAGCAUACUCCUCGACUUUCUCAUCUCCACUGAAACCUGUUUUUUGGAGUACUUUGUGCGGUACCUUAAAUACCUUAGAGCUGACUGGCAGGGCUUCACUGCAGCAUGUGGAAAAACCAGCUUGUUAGAUCGCCAUCUUUCUCUGCAGCAGUCACCUACUGCCUUAUGUGGGGGUGAUGUGUUAAAGGUGACUAACAGAGAUCAAGAUCCAUAUCGAUCCAACGCCUGUUUUCAGCACACAGGUGCUAUUUCAUCAGCAGGAAUGAUCAGUAUGGCUGCUGGGUUUCACCUUGUAGAGUAUGAUAGUUCUGACGAGUCUGAUACAGAGGAGAUGGAGGUAUAUCAGGGUGCACCAGUGGCGUCUGUAAGUGAGAAAAGCAGAUUCAGUGCUUUGGACAUGAAACUACAAAAAUUAUCGGACUUAACAGGAAUACUGAUUGAACCUAACACCACACCACACAGAAGAGCAGAAGGGCCUCAAGUGCCGGUGUUCCAGAGUGAACGAACAUCGUGUCCAAACAUGGCACCUGUGUCAGGACAUGUGACUUGUGACACAUUAGCCAGGGUGGUCCUUUGCAUGUCACAACUCAGAGAGGUGGUGAAGAGGCUGCAUACAAAGAAGCUCUUCCCAUACAACCCUUCUUCACUCUUAAGGCUCCUAGAACAAUUAUAAAACUGUUUUAUUUUGUGUUUUAAGAUUUUAUAAUAGAUUCUUUGUUUUCUGAACUAGCUUGUUAUCUAAAUGGUCCAGUGUUUCAACCGGUGCAUGCUAGGACUGGCAAGAGGUUUUACUUAUGUAUUUCUGGAGGUAUUGUUAAAAAUGUUUUACCCUGUUUUAGGUUUUACACACAGGCCCGAAAUACACACAUACAAACCAGGAACGUAUGGUUUUUUGAUUAUCAGAUUGAUAAUUUUGAUAAUUUCUUCUUUGUGAAAUUUUUCCAUGAGAAAUGCUCUUUUAGCAGUACUGGCACAACAAUCAAUACAAGGAUGCAAGUGGAUGACAUGCAGAAACGGAUCAAAUAAAUAAUAAAUGGACUGUU